GCGUAUAAAUGGAAUUGCAUCAGUUUGGAUCGAACAGUCAGAAAUCGAGCAACCCUCCAGACUUUUUUACGCGAUCCUCAGCUUCAGAGCAGAUCUAAAAAAUUGCCGGCAGUUGCAAGAAUCAAAACGAAAAACAAAAAACAGAAUAUCAGAACCGUAUCAGAAAUCAAGGCGCUUUAAAUAAUAACGCGUGACACGGUGGCGUCGUCGUGUACGUCCGUUAAUAAAAUAUUAACACUCUCCAACUUAUCGAUAACGUAUGAAACAGUGUUUUGAAAAAAAAUCUGGAAAUUCCCUCCUCCUUCGAUACCGUCUUUAUCUCGUCUAUCGAAGCGCAGCCUCUUCCUUUCAUGGGCCUCUUCAGUAUCGGGAAUAAGAAAAAGUCACAGGGAACCAGAUCUGGAGAAUACGGUGGCUGUGGCAUCAUAAGUGUGUUGUUUUUGGCCAAAAAGUCGCGCAGAAGCAACGAUGUGUGAGCAGAGGCGUUAUCGUGACGCAAAAGGCAAUUUUGGUUCUUCCACAAAUCCGGGCGUUUCUGGCGGAUUACUUACCCCACAUUGCGCAUAACUUGCAGAUGUUGCUGUUCCACAUUUUUUAAUUUUUGAGUCUGUGAGUUCGCGAUCAUAUUUGAAAAUUUCGACAUUUUGCUUCAGUGUUGCUGUUACCGCACCGCACAGUGGCAGGAGUCGAGCGGCGCGUAUCACCCAAUGUGGCUGCCAACGUUUGCUCCAAUGUUGCGUUCAACGCCUAGAAAAUGGUCAAAGCGGUCACAGCGCGAGCAACAGCAACUACGGCCGCAUUGUACAUAGCAAAUCAUCGUUUACAGCUACAGCAAGAGCAGCCUAGCGGCAAGAAGUCUGCUCAACAUCAGCAGCAACAAGCAGAGAAUUUUUUCGCGCCACAGCAACAACAAAAACAAAUUCAAAGUGAACAUCGUGAGCAGCAGUUUGUUGUUGGUGCCGAGGAGCCGUGCGCAAAACGUGUUGCUGUUGCAUCGCCUAGCAAAAUGGUAAUACCGUCGUCGGCGGCAACAGCAUCAGCAACAACAACCUCAUCAGCGUCCACAUCCUCGUCCAUCGCAACCACAAACGCAACCACAACUGCAACAACGACAAAUAAUGGUAAUACAAAUGCUGCCGGUCAGCAACAGACGCAGCAACAGCAAAAUGCUCUCUAUCACCAGCAGCAGCAGCAACAACAACACACGCCCGCUAGCCACAACAGCCAGCAGUCGGCUCCGCGGCAGCAUCCGAAGAAGCGGAAAUUCGACCCAGCCGAACUUGACCGGCAACAAACGUCACCACAGCCGCAGCAACAACAACCGCAACAUGGUGUCGGCACAACUUCGUUCGCGUCAAGUUCCGCGACGACCACGUCCUGGAAUGAUGCGAAUAUAUUGUCAGCGGUCAAGAACGGCAACGGUAACGGAAAUGGGAACGCUAGCAACAACAGCGGCUCUUCACCGCUGAGCAUGAAGAACGGUAACGUGGCGGCGGCAUCGAUGGCAAUGCCAUCAACAACAACAACCAAUGUUAUUGUUAGCAGUGCUGGAAAUAAUCGUGUGUGGGCAACGACAACAACAACAACAUGUGCUCCGGAAGUCACGGCACCGACGGAGAUGGUCUAUACAGCGAUACGUUCUACGUCGCAGCAGCAACACUCACCGGCGACGCAGUCGAUGGUUGUGUGUCCAAUGAUGGCGACGACGUUUGCUGCGACGUCUGUACCAUUAGGAGUCGUAGUUGGCGCUGGCGCCAACAGUAGCACCGGAGCGACAGUUGUAACGACGGCCGGACGCGGCGCCACCUCGCUGGAGAGUCCCGAGAAGCGCAUUAUAGUAACAAGCGCGCAGCCGUCGAGUACUUAUAAGCUGCAGAAUGUAGCUGGUGUUAGCAACAAUGCCAACAGUAAUCGCACUGUGACGCCUACCAGCAAUGCGACAUUGCAGCAACAACGUUUCGCCUACCAGCACCAUCUGCAACAACAACAACAACAGCAGCCUGUCGUUGCCUUGCAGCAACAGCAGCCCCUAGCGGCUAAUUUAGAUCUCAGCGAAUGGUCAAAUACGCGCGUAUUGGCCAAAUUAAAUAACUUCUAUGCAUCGGGUAUCAUACGUCAAACGACAUCGCACAACGGCAACAGCGCGAGCAACGCAGAAGCCGCAUCCUCCUCUGCCUCCGCCUCGCCCAAUGGCAGACCGCCAUCGGCUGCAACACCAAACUCAAUUUUGGUGGAAUUCGAUCCGCCGGAAAAUUGCACGCAGCGCUACACGGACGUAUUGGGCAACGGGCGUUUCAAUGUGAUAUUGGACGCGAGUCCACCAUUAGCUGAUAUUAACUUGGAUACGCGCGUUUGUGUGCGCAGUCAAAUUGAAGGGCGAUCGGGUUACGUAUUUGUGGAGGGCAUGGUGACUGACAUCAAUACACACACAAAACAAUUCACUGUGCAAAUAAACACGGAUUCUACGCCAAUCUUUAAAAAGGUGAAACGUGCCGAUUUGCGACUUCUACUUCCGCCGUGGUGGGACGAGUUACGUGAACUUUCUCCUUCUCCACACACAAGCGGCGCUCACAAAGUAGGCAGCGCACACUCCGCGGUGCUAACUCCUCCACAGCAACAUCGUAAUGCCAGUGGCAGCAGCACCAACGUGCCACCACACAAAGGUAGCGCCGGCCAUCAUUCGCAAUUGACUUAUGUGGCGAUGCGUUACGAUGGUAAAUGUCCGGCACAUCUUACACCCACCAGCGCGCAGCAACAUCCCCAGCAUAUGGCGUCAUACAGUGCCGCCUCUGCCGCUCAGCAACAACAGCAUCUACAAAAACAAGAAGAGUAUUAUCGCACGACUGCCACUUCACCUUUCCAGACUGUCGGUGGCAGCGGGCAACCGCUACUUGUGAACGCCAGCACCUCGGCCACUAUUGGCAAGCAUAACGGUAACGGCAACAUUGGCGCAACGUCGGUACCCGAAAUUGUUGUCUCGCAACAACAAUUACAAUUAAGUGCCACCAACAGUCAUCAACCGCACCCGCAGCACUCAUCAGUCGUACUCUCACAAUCGCCAUCGGAUGAUCUGCAGCGCCGACAAACACGGCAGUAUGAUGAAUUCGAGUCGGAUGAUGAAUUAAAAGGUGUUCAAAUUGAUGGUUACACGCUGGGCGAUGGCGACCCCGAGAAGCUAUCGGCGGGCAGCAAACGCAGCAGUGUGCAGAGUCGCGGCAGCACAUCAAGCACCCCAAGAUCUCAAGCAACUACACCGCAUCGUUUCAAAAAGGGUGACAUUGUUCAAUCGGAGUCCGGUGUACGCAAAAAAUACAAUGGUAAGCAAUGGCGUCGCCUAUGCGGCAUGUGCUCCAAGGAAUCUCAGCGACGCGGCUUGUGCUCACGCCAUCUGAAUCAGAAAGGCAGCGCUUUACGCCCCAAUGGCGCUAGCCGUUUUCCUAGCGAUAUGAAUAGUCGUUCAAGCAGUAAAACGCAGGCGGACGAAGACACUUCACGCGACUCGGAGACAUCGCCCAAUUAUCGUGUGGCAGGCCGCUCUGACCAGGAGGAGACCGAUGUGGCUAAUAUUUUAGUGUCACUCAGCAGUUCACGUUCGGCCACGCCAUCCUACUCGUCACCCGUAAACCAUGGUACGUCUCCGAUGAACGUCACCCACUCGCCCGUACCAGUCGUCUCCAAUCGACAGAAUUUUUUCACGCCGAUCGGCGGUGGACCCGUUGCGACAGCGGACACGCACACAGCUAAAUGGAAGGCUGCAGCCAGCCCCAUCCAGUAUGGCCCAGUGGGCUAUUCGCAAGUUAUACGCCCUGAAUCGGUGCGUGCCCAGGGCGCCGCUGCGGCACCACCGCCGCAACAGUCGCCCGUCUCCAUGGUGGUGCAUCAUCAGACUGCAACACUGCCAAGCUCAGCAACCGCAGCCACACAUUUACUCGGAGCAAACAGCAAUGUACAUCAUUCCUCUUUGCAGUCAGCGCACCAUGCGCCGCCACCACCGCCCGCUACGGCUCAUCAACAGCAGCAUCAACAACAUUUGCAACAACCGACUCUGGCGCAUGCUCAUAUGCCGCUAUCGCCCGCUGCACCACCUCCACCGCCACCUGUGGUCAGCAGCGCGGUAAUUGCACCGCCCCGACCACCAGCCUCGGUGGUCGCUGGUGUUGGUCAUGCCACUACUAGCGUUAUACGGAUCUCACCUGCAGCUGCUGCCGCCGCCGCAGCCGCUGCUGCUGCCAAUAAUGGCACUGCAGCCAAUGGUGUGCUUGGGGGCAACGCAGCACCAACACUGCCGCAGUCCUUUCAUCCUGUCAUCGUUGAUCCCACACAAUUAGUGUCAUUACUGUCACCGGCUGGCGGUAACCCUGCGCUGCAGGCAGGGCAGCCCACAUUGGUUUCUAUUAGUAGCGGGCUGGGUGUGGGUGUCAACAGCUCACUUCUAGCUGCCGCACACCAGCAACAUAUGCAACACCAGGCACCGCCGCCGCCACCAAUGUCAAACGAAAAGACGAUUCCAAAAAACGGAUUUCCGCCGGGGUCGAUAUAUCAAUGGCAAACGCUGUUGCCCACCAUCAGUCAGUCCCCCGUUAAACCGACCAAUUUUACAAUAGCCGGCAUCAUACCGCCAACGGCGGAAACACCACCACCACAACAACAGCAACAACAAUCAGCGCAAGGAAUUAAUCUAAUAAACCACCAUGGCGCACACAACCAUCACAGCAAUCAUAGUUUGAGUGAAAGUCACAACACCGUUAUGGACUUAGAUUCACCGGAGAAACCGUUGAAUUUCUCAACAAGUGAUGCGGCUGCUAUGAGCGGUAGUUUGAGUGCGAGUGGCGCUGGCGCGUCAGGUGGUAUCGGGGGAAACAGCGGACCACUGGAGGAUAAUGACGAUCAAUUGGACGAUGACGUUUUCGAACCAUCAGCGCACUUAGCGCAUCCGAAGCCAAAGCAUGCGCGCUUUGCAAUCAACAGCAGCAGUGACAACUACAGAUAUAGCAACUCGCUGGCAAAUGAAUGCGGCAACGAUGGAAUGGGCGAGCCGAAAACGCCGACAACUACGGCCAACAGCGGGACGGGCCAUCACCAAACGGCGGCCAAGCGUCGUUCGCAAUCGCUAAGUGCAUUACAGCAGCAACAACAACAACAGCAGCAACAAGCUAAAGGGGCAGCCGGGGGCGGUGGCGGUCCUGGCGCCAGUGACAAGGAGCCGCUUAGCCCAGUGACAAUAAACAAAAUCCGUCGGCCGAUGAACGCUUUUAUGAUAUUCUCGAAAAAGCACCGUAAACUGGUACACAAGAAGCAUCCAAACCAAGAUAAUCGCACUGUUAGCAAAAUUCUCGGUGAAUGGUGGUACGCAUUGAAACCGGAGCAGAAAGCCAAGUACCAUGAAUUGGCUAGUUCGGUAAAAGACGCCCAUUUCAAACUGCACCCGGAGUGGAAGUGGUGUUCAAAAGAUCGUCGUAAAUCGUCUAGCUCCGGCAAAGGGGGAGCCGGUGGAGGACCACCGGGCAUCGGUGAUGCGAAACAGCGCAAUGAUUCGAUGGAUGGUACCGAGGCGUUAGGUGCUGAUAUGCCAAUACAAAGUCCCGGUUCAGUGGGCGCUUCAAGCAACACCGCUGCCGACUCACAAGGUGACAUUAUUCCGUUAACAAUUGAAGAAACUCUGGGACAUGUCAAAGAGGAAAAACAGCGAAUCAAAUCGGAGAUAGUGCAAUCGGACGAAACGCAGUCGGAUGAUGAGCACAUGCUGGUGGUAGAUGAGCCUACAAAUAAUAAACAGGCCAAUAACAACACCAAUCCCGCACAUCAGGACGCUACAAUGAAGCAAAUAGAUUUAAAAUGUCGCGAGCGUGUGACCGACUCAGAUGUCGAAGACGCAGCCUACGAUUAUAGAAAAUCUACAACUUUGGCGGGUAAAAAUGUUAAAAAUAAAAACACAGCUGAAAAUGAGAAGCACUCAACUUCGGAGGUAUCAUGCAUAAAAAACGAGAUACAAACAAAAAUGGACGCUCUGGAGCACUCAGGGGCCAGCACAUCUGGUAACAGCGUGUCUAGCACGGGCACCGAACGCGAUAUAACAUUGAAGCCGAAGGCCAUCAAGCCGUACGCUUCGAACAUCGAGAGCAGCAUACUCAGCCCUCAGAAACUGCCGAUGUAUUCCUAUAAUAGUCCGAAGAAUCCAAUCGGUGUAACACCAUUCCAGCCAACAGGCGGCGCUUUCAAAACCAUGCCAAUAAGUCCGAAAAGUGUAAAGCUAGACGAACAACAGCCACAACAAAUUCACAUAAAACAGGAGGAUAUCAAGCAAGAGCUCGUCUCGCCUUACAAAAUGAAUGGUGGCGGCGGUGUAUUCACAUUCAAUGUGCCAAUUGGCGCAGCUGCAUGUCUGAGUCAGAAGCAACAACAGCAACAGGCUGCGGGGCAUCCGUUGCGCAGCCCAAACACCAUGGAAGGUACUAGAGCUGGUGCGGCAAACUCCUCUGUGCCAUCUUCACCUGCGGCGGCCACUGUCGCCAUCAGCGCGGCUGCGCCCACAUGCUUUGCCAGCGCGCCAGCCAUGACGCCAACGCAGAUACUCACGGCAACGAGUGGCGGUAAUGGUGGAAUUGCCGGGGGCCAGAAGCAGAUACUUUUUACGGUCAACAACAUGUUGAAUCAGUAUGCCAUACUGCCAAUGCAGCCACAAACGGAAUCAUCAGCCAGUGCUGGCGGCAACGGCAGUGCAGGUUGUGGUCCAAUCAAACCCACUCCAAUCUCAUAUGUCAACUAUAAGAAAAACAAUGGCCAGUCGGCUUUUGGAGUGAAUACAAAUAUCGGUGGCAACAGUGCUGUGCCCAAUACGAACAACAACUCAAUUUUGAUGCACAACUAUACAGAAGCCACGCCAAAAUCGCCACCGUACAAAUCAUUGCCUACCACGCCGAAAUCGGCAUGUUCUUCUUCAACAUUCGCCUUGAAUCCACCCGAUUCAGCUGGUAAACGCAGCUCAGAUGGCAGCACUGCUUCAGCUGUAGACGCCGAUGAUGAACAGAAUGACGUUGGUGGUAAACAGCAAUUCAUUUUGGCGCCAACACCGGCACAAUUGGGACGUGCGAAAUGCCAACGUCGCAAGAAUUUGUCUUCAAACAAUCUAUCAAAUGAUAACAACAAUGUCAACUCAUUUUCUACCACUGCCUUAAUUGGUAACAAUAGUAAUAGCAUUUCUACGAAGAAGCUCAAUUCGCCCAUUAUGGUGGACUCUUCAUCACCGAUUAUUGGCAAUGUCAAUACGGUUGUUAGUUCGAUAACAUCCGCGCUGCCCACACCCACCUCGUCGACAACCACACCCAACAGCGACGAACAUAUGCCAACAACACCGUCGGCAGUUAAUAGCAAUAGCAGCUCCAGUAUUGUAAGUGGCAUAAGCGGGAUGAUGAAUCCGAAAUCGCCAUUAAAAUCGACAUCGACAUCGGCAACCAAAAAGAAAAACGGCGAUACGGAUAGCGUGCUGAAAGAGGUUGACUUCGAAAAGAAAUAUCAGGCAUUGCCACAAUUCAAACCCGAGGACUGCUUAUCGCCAAGCGCAAUUGCAGUGCCAUCAUCGCCACGAGUCUACGGUACAAAUUAUCGUAAGAAGAAUGCGCCACAGCCAAGUGCACCGCCAAAAAAACCAGUUUGCGAGGAUGAUUCAGCCAUUGAAACAGCAUCUGUGCCAUCAACACCAUCACAACGUUUCUUUGGACCCGAUUUCAGCAUUGAGCAGCUAAAUUUGGAUAAUUCUGAUGAGACAGAUCGUUCACCGCGUACUCCCCAAACUCCGUUACAAAGUGCGCGCUCCGAUGCCAGUGAAAAAGGUCAUCGAAAGGUAUUGGAAAUACGUCGCAAUUAUGUUUAUCAGCUCUUUAGCGAGCAGGGCAUGUUUCCAUCGGCGCAAGCCACAAUGCAAUUUCAGAAAAAGCAUAUCGACGUCUUUCCGCGAAAACAAGAUCUCCAGCUGAAAAUACGCGAGGUGCGUCAAAAGUGCAUGAGCCAGCCCGGCUUUACCCCGCACUCCGCUGGCCCUAUAACGCCAUCCGCCGAAACAAGCAUAUCCAUAGCGUCGACAACAGCCACAAGUACGACAGCAUUAAAUCUCAACACCGGCAGCAACGCUAACAGUGGAGAUACGUCAACGCAAGCAAAUAGCGAAUAGCAGCAGUAAACGAAACAGCAAAAAGAACGAAAACAAAUCUAAGUGAGAUACAUUUGCAAUGGUGCGAAAAUAACGUCAGCAAGAGGUUUUUAGAAAAAAAUAUUAAUAACAAAAAAUCUAAUAAAAACUACAAGCCAAACAGAAUACUGUACAAGCAACCACAAACUCAGAGCGCCAUGAAAAAUUGCAAUAUUUUAUGCACUUUAACCUAAUUGUGAUGCAAAUGCGAGGUAGAGCAGUGACGAAUGGGAUCAUGUUUAAAUGCUAGCUAAACAAAAUAUGUGUAAAGUACGAAAACACAAGCACAUCUGUAUAAAACUACAUGCGAGUUGGAGCAGAUGUGCAUAGGAAAAAUCAUGCUGUCCUCAUUUAUAUACAUAUAAGUAAACUUAAGAACAAAUGUCUGCAUAGAGUGUCGAUUUGAAGGUGCAGUUGAGCAUUGAGGACAAGCGCACACUAACACGAAAAAAGCUCGUAUAUGGAUAAAUGUUAGUUGUUGAUGAUCUGCAAUUACUUUAGAGAUACAAUUUUGAGGGAUUAGUAACAAUGCAUGGUUUUGCAUCCGAAACUGAGUGAAGCUGAACAUUGACUUUGAGACAAUUUUAGCUUUAAAGCAGAAUAUACAAAUUAGAAGCAGGCAAAAGUGACAGUAGUAAUUAUUAGAUUGAUUUGAUUUUUUUUUUUUUUGUUUGCUUAUGCUUUUGAACAAUACAUGUUAAAUGAUGCAACAUAGAAGAGAGAAACAAGAAAGAGACAAAGGCAGUAGUCGGUUCUACGUUGCGGGUUUAUAUCCGGGCAAUGACUGUCACACCAGCAGCAUUCCCCUUAAUUGUAUAGGGGAAUGUUUAUGCUGCUACAACAACAAUAACAAGUGAAAGAUGUUUUUAUGGGCUUCACGAAAACGUACAAACGCUGCAAUACAAAUGAAUUACAGUGGCAAAGAAUUGUCUUUAGCGUAAACAAAGCGUUGAGUGAGACAAACUGGCAUGCCAUCUUCCGAUGUGCGAUAUACAUCAAGCCAGCUACGCUACGCAUAGAAUGCCAAUAUAUAUAAAUUAAAUUAGGCGCUAAAGUGAAUCACUAAAAUGGAAAGUUCACAAAAGCAGACACAAAUUGAACAACGCAGGAAAUAAACAAAUAUAAUACUUACAUACAUACAUACAUUUAAAGCACAUUAAUAUAAACAAAAAAAAAAUAAAAAUAAAAUAAAAAAACAAAUCUAAAAAUCAUAAAAAAUUGAAAAUAAAUCCCAAUUACAACGUAAAUAGUUUUAAAAUGCAUUCAAAACAACCAAUACUGCAAAUCAUACAGGCAUAGAGUAAACCGUUAUACAAGCUUAUUAUCAAUAUAAUGGAUUAAAAAAUGAAAAUUAAAUAUAUAAGUAAAAAAUGAAGUUAAAAUAUUAAUACAUACAAAGAAAGAAAAAAUCAACAAACACAAAAAUAUACAUAAAGGCAGCAUAGUUAAUAAAUUUAGUUAAUAACUAAGCAGCCAUUACCAGUUAGUAGGCGAAAAAAGUGAAACUAAAGGUUUAAAUUAAAGAUUGUAAAUGAAGCUUAAUGAUGUCUUACAAGUAAAUUAAAUAUUAACACUUAAAAAUUAAAACUAAAUUACAAUACAAAAGGCACACAAUAACUAUGGUAAACGUUAAGCGUACAAAACGCAACAUUCACGUGGCAAAGUUUCAAGAAGCAACUAAAAAUUUGCUGGGAAAAAUACUUUUCUGUUUAACAUUUUAUACAAAAAAAAAUGAAAUAAUUAUACAUACAUACAUAAAUGAUUACAAUUAAAAUUGCGUAUGCAGGUUUUAACAUACACCCACACACAUAGAAACAUAUCUUCAUGGUAUGCGCAAACACGUUUGGAGCACACAAGAAAAAAAAAACAAUGUACGAUCUGUAGUUUAGAUGUUGCAUAUUUCAGGCGACGCCUGGUUGUAGGCUUUUGUUUUGCAAGGCUAGCAGGCCACUUCUUUGUGCACGGGCCAAAAUUCUGGUUGCGGUUAAACGUGGGCUUUUGACAAAAUGUGCUUAAAUGGACUUAUCACUUUUGUAAGUCAGCAUAGGCACAUAAAUCCAUUAUUGUCUGCUGCUACAUCGAAAAUAUUCUAUUAGCGUCACUAAUUAUGCUUUAAAUAUUAUUUAACACUUUUUUUCAACUUUAAAGUCGCAGCCAGCAGCAUCCACCAAAUGUUGGUUUUAAUUUUUAUUUUCUCGGUAGAUGGCUGUAGUGAACGAUGCUAAUUUAUAGACGUCUUUAAACAGCAUUGGCGCAAAGUGCUUUUUGCUUUUUUUUAAUUGUGUUGUCACACUCCAGCCGCAUUUUUAUUGAUUUUGAGCACCGCGGGCCCUAGUCGCCUGUGUGCUAAUUAAGUUGGGAUUAUAUUGUAUAUAUACCCUACAAAUAAUAGUAGUAAUAAUAAUUGAUUUUGAAAGGCAAAACGUUGCAGUUGUUUGCGUUGAUUUUUUCAAUUCCAUGUGCGAGCGAAAUGCAGCAUAGGACUGCAUAGAAAUUGAUUUCACUCACGCACUUGCAGAAAAUCCGCAAAUCUGCUUAAACCAAACGCCUACAUGCAUAGCCAUUUUUAAAUUAAAUUUAUUGUAUCUUGAAAUGUUUUUAAUCUGUUAAAAAAAUGCCAACAAAUUCCUAUUGGCCUCAACUUACGCGCAACGCUUGCGAGCCGCCCAACUUUUAAAUUUUAUUUCCUACUUUAAUUUUCACUCAUACUGCAUACUUGCAUACUAGUUUUUAUUCUUCGUAAUUUUAAUCGAAAUUUUAUUGAAUUACAUAUAUUUAUGAUUUUAACAACUCUUUUAAUUGCACCCGCGAAAAAACGAAAGAACUGCUUGCAUUUUGUUUUAGGUCGGAAAAUACAAAAAAUACGCGUAAUUGUAAAUGAAUUGAAUUGUGAGCACAUGGAGCAUAUAUGUAUAUAUAUAUAUAUACAUAAAACAUACAUACAUACAUAUUUUUAAUUGCAACUUGUAUUUAAGCAGUUAAUUUGAAGUUAUUGGCGCCUUAAAUUUUAUAAUAAUAAUUUUUUUUAGCUUUAAGUCUCAUGCAAUUAAAAAUCUUUGGUAGUUAGUACUUUUGAAAAUCUUGUGCUAUAUUAUUUGCUUGAACUUUGCAAAAGAAAAUUUUAGAAUAAAUAUUAAAAAAAUAUAUCAUACAAAUUGGUAGAACCAAGCAGGCUGCGUUUGUAGGUUUAAAAAUUGUCAUGUCAUAUUUUGAAAAAUGUGCUUUAAUUCGCAAAUUUUUAGGCGCUCACAUAGCCACCAGUUAGAAAGAUGUGUAGAAAUGGAGUGAGAGAAACACACACACACACGGAAACACGCAUGUACGUGCGAAUAGGAAUGUGAGCGAAUGUCGUCUUCCAUACGUAAUACUGCAAUAUUUAAAAUAUUGUUUUGUUUGUACCUUUUUAUUACAUACAUACAUAUGUAUAUACAAACAUGCAACAAUAUUUAACUCUACUACGUUGUAUGAAGCACUAAAACCAGACAGAAAUAUUGAGCAUUAAAAGUAAAAAUAUGGUUUUUGUGACCAAAAGUUGUGUUGUUGUGUACUUUAAUAAAUUUUAGAAGGCACUACCGUAGAUUUUCUUAAAAUUUCAUAAAAUUGCUACUGAAAUCGACACCAACCAAGCCUUUGUCAAGGUUGCGCGCAAAAUUGCCGAUUAACCAGUUUCGCCUGCAUGCAUUAUUUUAAAUUAAAAAGGAAAAAAGAAAAUUAGAACGAAGCACAGCUAGCCUUUAGUCUGAAAUUGCGUAACUUUUGUCCGCUUGCAACUUCCCGAUUUUCGAUUUUUUUUUUUUUUUUUCUAAUAAAUAAAAUUUCAUUUGUAUGCAUUUAAGACUGUAUGGCAAAUUUUAUUUAUGGUUAUGCAUUAUUAAAAAUAUUUUUAAAAUAAUACAUACAUACACACUUUCAUACAUAUGCAGUUAGAAUAUGUAAAUGUAGUAAGCGUAGAUGAGAAGUUUUUUUUUUUAAUUUUGUAUUCUAGUUAAGCUAAAAUGUAUUUUAGUUGUCUUCAUUUUUUUUAAUAUCUUCGCCUUUUAAAAAUUAGUUACUUUUGCAAAUUUUUAUUUUGUAAACUACAUUAAAGUCUCAAAUACUAAUGUCAACUAAAAUAUUGUUAAAUAAUAUUUACAUAUACAUAUAUAUAAAUGUCUAUAUAUAGUUUUUUUUAUGAUAAUUUGAAAAAGCAAAGAAAUUGUAUUAUCUAGAAAUGUGAAUACACACACACAAAUAUACUAGUGUAUCUGUAGUAUCGAAGCUUAGUAAUAAAACAAUGCUAAAUGUUUAAUCUUUUUUAUGCCCUUACAUAAACACACACACAUAAAAACAAAUGAGUACAUACACAAAUUCGUAUAUAAAUAUAUAUUAUAUAUGAUUUUAGAAUGUUAAAUAAAUUUUGAUUUUAUGCCGAAAAAAUAA